AUGUACUCUAAAAUCUGUUAAGACUCCAUUAAUUGCAAAAAUGAGAAUUGUUAAUUAGACCAUUCUAGAAUUUACUUAGGACUUUGCAUUAGAUUUUUAAUUAUGGAAGAAUAAUGGGUAUAGAAUGAUUCAGAUGAUGAUUUUCCAAAUAAAAAUUGUGGUGAUUAGGAAUGCAGACUAAAACAUUUAGAUUAAAGUAAAUUUAAGGCUUUUUCAUAAAGUUCAAUUAAUGGUCUAUUUCCUCAUAAUUUAUGUGGCAUAUAAAAUUGUCCAUCACAUGAAUCCUCUAAGGAUGAAAGCACUUUAAAUUAUUGUAAAUUAAUUCAUAAACCGUGGGCUAAGAAUAUAUGCAUAGCCAACAUUAUCAAUACUUGUAAAAAGAAAGACAAGGGCUGUGUGUUUAUUCAUAAAGAUUGGAAAGAACUUAAAUAUAUUGCAAAGGAUUAUUCAAAUUUUAAAAGCAGUUGUCCUGAGAAUUUAUGUGAUAAAUAAAACUGUAAAUGCGACGAGCAUUAUUCUUGGAUAACUAAAUUAAAUUUAUGCAUUCCAUAUCUCAAAGGAAUUUGUCCAAAAAAAAAAUGUUUAAAAAUUCAUGUUUAAUGGGAAAAUGUCAAUCCGAAAGCAAUUAUAGAGAAUUGUAUAACACCAUGUACUAGGAUUCAUCAUUAAUAGUUGUCAUAGGAUUAAUACAUUUAAUUAUAAUGUGAAAAAGCAUAGUUUCUUAAAUUAAAGCAAACUAUAUCAUAGUCUAAUAUCAUUGACAUUGUUUUUAUUAUGGAUCUCACAGGUUCUAUGAAGCCUUGGAAGGAAGAAAUGGAUAAGGCCAUUUAUGAAAUAAUAUAGUAAUUUGAUUCAACAAAUAAAGGAUAUCAAAUGAGGUUUGGGUUUGUUGGAUAUAGAGAUGAAUGUGAUAAGAAUGAUAAAAUCACUUAUAUAAAUCUCACACAUGAAAUUGAGGAAUUCAUAAAAUAAAUAAGUAAAUUUGAAGCAAAAGGUGGUGGGGAUGUGGCUGAAGAUGUUGUGGCUGGAUUUGAAAAAGCUUUAGAAUUAAAUUUCUCUUAACAUGAGGAAAGUUUAUUAUGCACAUUUCUAAUUGCUGAUGCUCCUUGCCAUGGACGAUAAUAUCAUGACCUUAAAUCUGAUGAUAAGAUUGAUUAGGUUGGAGAAAAUUAUUUUGAAAAUGCUCUAUUGAGAUUCAAAAAAAUCAAAGAGUGUAAUUUUCUAUGCAAUAUUAAAAUAAAUAAUUCAACAGACAAAAUGUUCUAAAAAAUGUAAGCUGUGUUUCCUCUUUUAACAAUAACUACUAAAAAGGAACCUAAGGAGAUUUGUGAUCAAGUUCUAUUUACAUUAAGAUAAUCGUUAUCAAAAUCAAAAAUCAUAAAAUCAAAUAUGUAAUAAUAAUAAAUCUUAAUCUAAGCCAAUUUUUAAAAAUUCAAAAUAGAUGAGAAUAUAUAAAAUUAACAGUAUAAUAAAGUAGAUUAUUGGAAAAAUCUUGUGAAUGCUAAUUAUUUAAGAUAAGGAGGUACGACUUUAUAAAUUUAAAAGCAAAUCAUUGAAUCUCUCUAGUCAGAAGAUUAAAAUUGCUAAACUUUGGUUUUCAAAGCAUUUGAUACAAUGAAUAAUAUGCACAUAGUCUUAAAAGUACCAAAAUAUAUUGUAGAUUUGCAUUAAUAAGGUAAGUUGGAUAAUUAAUCAAUUGAAAAGGCUGAAAAAUAAGCAGAAUCAAGAUUCUAUUCUUCGAUAUAUGCUUGUUAAAUGGCUCACGUUUUUAACCUAACAACAUCAAAAUUUGAAGGAAUUCCUCCAUUAUUUUAUGUGUUACCUAUUUGUUACACUCUAAAAAACCCUUUUUAUGGGAUGACCAAAGUUUAUGGUGAGACAUUUAUUAACAUUUAGCAUUAAUUCAAGAAGUAUACUACUAAUCACCAUCACAGCGACCCAAAAUAUUAUUAUUAUUCAGUUUUCAGUCAUUUCUCUUUUAUUGAAAGUGGAUAUACUUUUGUUAUCACAGAUUUAUAGGGGUGCGUAAAUAUUCUAUCUGAUCCUUCAAUAUAAACCAAAAAGGGAGAAAUUCCUACGUUAGAUUAGGAUGAAACUAAUCAUUAUGAAAAAGGAAUUGAAAUAUUUUUAUAAACCUAACAUAAGUAAUGUAGUUAUUAUUGUUAAUUAUUAUAACUAACAAGAAAUUAAUUUUAAAUUAAAAAUAUGGAAAAUGUAGACUAAACAAAAUGGUUGAUUUAUGAUAAAACACAUUAAUAUGGAAUUUGUGCUAAAUGUAAUCAAAUGCUUUAAUUUGAUUUGGAUGCUUAAAAGGCUGAAAAUCUUGUAAGUUACAGUAUGAAUUGCCAGUAAUGCAGAUAAGAGAGUGCUGAUGAUAAGGUUAUCAAUAGUUAUUGCAAGUGUUGUGAGGAACCCUUUUAAUCAUUUCAAAAUCUAUAAUUAAGAUGUCAGAGUGAAAUAGGGAUUUGUUAAGAUUGCAAAAAAACUUGUAGUGCCUUUAAUCAAAAGGAUAGCUGUUUUUAUUGUUUAAGAAAAUGUUAGAAAACAUUGAAAGAAUUGAGGGUUAAAGAUUAAGUGAUUUAUAUUUGUAAAAAGAGCUUUUAGUACUUAGAAUUAUUAACAUGUAAAAAGUGUUAAAAGCCUUACAAAUCAGACAUAGUCUUGAAUAAAGAUGACUACGAUUAAGGCGUAUAUCAAUGUGCUGCUUGCUGA